AUGGAAGUGGAGAACCAGACACGGGUCACCGGGUUGAUUCUGGUGGGGUUUCCUGGGAACGGGGGUGUGCAUGCAACAGUGUUCCUCCUGUUCCUCGUGGCCCGUAUUCUGACAGUGGCUGAAAAUGUGAUCAUCAUCCUGUUGGUGCAGCAGAACCGGCCACUGCACAAGCCUAUGUACUUCUUCUUGGAGACCUGCUACAUCUCUGUGACUACUGUAGCCAAGUUGCUGUUUAGUUUUUGGUCCGUGAGCAGCAGCAUCUCCUUCACGCACUGUCUGACACAACUUUACUUCUUCAUUGCGCUCGUGUGCACAGAGUGUGUGCUCCUGGCCGCCGUGGCCUGUGACCGUUAUGUGGCCAUCUGCCGCCCACUGCGCUACCCCACCAUUGUGAGCCAUGGGCUCUGCUUCCUCCUGCCUCUUGCUUCCUGCACCAGUGGCUUUGGCGUCUCCUUGGCUAAGAUCUGCUUCAUCUCUUGCCUCAGCUUUUGUGGCCCCAAUGUCAUCAAUCAUCUCUUCUGGGAUAUCUCUCCAGUACUUAACCUCUCCUGCACAGACAUGGCCACAGCUGAAUUGGUGGACUUUGUCCUGGCACUGGUCUUCUUCUCCCCCGUCUCUCUCACUGUCCUGUCCUGUGGAGGCAUUCUGGCCACCAUCCUACACAUGCCCACAGGAAAGCAGGCGUUUUCUACCUGUGCCUCCCACCUCGUGGUGGUCACCGUCUUCUAUUCAGCUACUAUUUUCAUGUAUGUCUGGCCCCGAGCCAUCCAUGUCUUCAACAUGAACAAAGUUAUUUCCAUCUUCUAUGCCAUUGUUACCCCUGCUCUUAACCCUUUCAUUUAUCGUUUACGGAACCGAGAGGUCAGAGAGGCUCUGAAGAAACUGGCUUACUGCCAGGCCAUCCGAUCUGGCUAG